UGUGGGACAUCCUGAGGAAAACUGCCGAAAGCGAUGGAAAUCGUUAAGAGACCGAUAUGGAAUAGAAUUGAAGGUUGAUCAACAACCUAGCGGAAGUGCUGCGUCGUUUAGACGAGCUUGGCCAUAUUACGAAGCUAUGUUGUUUUUGAAAGACACGGUCACGCCCAGACAGACAACAACAAACAUCGUUUCCCAAACGCCAGAAGUUCUCGGACAAGAACCAGAUAUACUGGAUACUUCCUUUGGAUUCCAAAUAGGCGAGAGUGGGAACAUUAUAAUAGAAGAGCAAGAAACCACUGCCCCAACGCCGGCUAAGAGACAAAAGAAAAAAAACGAUGAGAACGCCGCCUUUAACGAUCUAGUCAACGAAGUAAGUCAGUUUGUGGAUAGUCAAAAAAAAACACACAACAAUUUCUUGGGUGCGAUUGGCGAAGUGUUUGAGAAGGUCCCAGAAGAGAGCCGCCUAGAUUUUCAAAUGGACGUACUUCAAUACGUCUAUGCUCAAUAUAAAAAUUAUAAAAAUUGAAUUUACGAAAUUUAAAAAUUUAAAUGACAUCCAGUUUGAAUUCAAUUUUGCGAACUUUAUAUGUAAUCUAAUUUAGUAUGAAAUCUGAUUUUGAUUUUGCGAAUUAAAUAUGUAAUCGAAUUUAAUAUGCAAUCUCACAGAAAAUGCUUGCUAUAAUUUCAUUGUUUCUAAUCAAACACAAUUGUACAUUUUUUUAAGAAAAUAUUCAGGAUAUUAUUCCAAACGCGUGGUUUUCGACGCAAGUUUACGAGGCUUACGCGGUUACGAGACAUUUAAAUAAAUAACCUGGAUAUUUUUUUUAUAAAAAAUUGUACAAUUGUGUUUGAUUAGAAACAAUGAAAUUGUAGCAAGCAUUUUCGGUGAGAUUGCAUAUUAAAUUCGAUUACAUAUUUAAUUAGAUUACAUAUUAAGUUCGCAAAAUUGAAAUCAAACUGGAUGUCAUUUAAAUUUUUAAAUUUCCUAAAUUCAAUUUUUAUAAUUUUUACA